UUUCUGAGCUGGACACAUUGGAUCGCCACAAGAGCGUCUGCUAAUCAUCACAUGUUCUAGGAUCGGUGCACCUUCAUCUCGUGUUUUCUUAUCUGUUUUUUUCAUUUCACCCCCUGCAAUUAAACCAAUGACGGGGAUUACGCGUUUUAUGAGCGUGCGUGCGAUGGAGAACACCAGCGCGGGGAGCGGACGGCUUUUACGCAUCGCGCACCUUUGAGCGUCCAUGCAAGACACAGCAACAGCAGGAUAGAAAGUGCAAAGACUUGGAGUACCUGCGCUGUGCGUUGCGGACAUGAGGUACGGACUGGUGGUCAUCGCUGCUGGGUUCACAGGUUUGCUCAGCUUCAGCCUCCUCGCAGUGGCCAUCGGAACCGAUUACUGGUACAUUAUCGAUGUGAAUAAACCCAACGGCACAGGUUCGGCCGACCUGAGCUCGCAUUCUGGACUGUGGAUGAUUAAUGAAGGAGCAAACAUGAGCUCAGUCAUCCCUUUUUUCACGGCGAAUAUGUCCAGCCUGUCAGAAGUGGAAAGGCAUCUUCUUGGCCUUCACAAGGUGGUGGUCAUCCUGUUGCCCCUCAGUCUGGUCCUGCUGCUGUUUGGCUGGAUCUUUGCACUUGUCAGCUCGUUGGUCUGCAGUCCCAACCUGCUGGCUAGAUCGGCAUCCUAUGUUCUUUUCUGUAGUCUUUUCACCCUCACGGGGGUCAGCAUCUAUAUCAAAUACUCACACCUAGCCAUGGAGGAGUUCCAGCAGGUGGUGUCCCCAGAGAGCCUGGCCCACGUGGAAGUGUCCUUCGGCUGGUCCUUAGCCACGGCUUGGCUCUCCUACAGCCUGGAGGUGACCACCGGCCUGCUGCUCAUGCUCGCUGCCCGGAUCACGCAGCUGAAGGGACGCUGUGACUCCGGCGUCGCCAUGUUGUAGGGACUGACGUCAGUCGACGCCCAAGUGAAUUCGAAAACUCCUUGACGUUGGUAUUUAUUUAUUUCAUUUUGAAGCAUUAACACGAUUGGGGGCGAGGUAGAAAAUUGCAGGUGGGAGCUGAAAUGUCUUUGAUACAGAAAUGUAGAGGCUGCCUUUCAUCCUCCCGGUGUAAUUCACCGUUCAUUGUCCCUGUCCAUAAGUAUACAUCUUCCCACACAAAGAGAAGAACCCCUGCUUCUCAGUUCUGUGAGGCCAUUCCAUCCACAUGUGCAGCAUGAGUAGCUGAGAACAUUGUCCACCCUUGAUUCAGCCAGAGCGCAGAUGUGUUAUGAAGAAUGCUUGAAAAAAAUUCACUGAAACAGAAGUGGCUUUAUGGGAUCAUUUCCUUUUCACACGUGCCAUAUUAGAUAUUUUAACGGUUCUGCACCAGAUAACGCCCGCACAAUGGAGUGACCCAAACUCUAUAUCACAGUACUGCUAUAGUGUCUCAUAUUUCAUGGUACUGGUGUUCCAUGUGUUGGAGAACAUUUCAAUUUCACACCAAUUGAAGAAUAAGUAGCAUUUAGUACAAAAUUGAGGCAAUGCUGGCUGGUGACCUCAAUUGUCAUGUUGUGCUUUCUGCUUUCAUGUCUAUCUAUCUUACUGGUAAAAGCAUUUAUGACUGGUAAAGAUAUAUGUGCUCUUGGGGAUUCUGUUUUCAGUGAAACAGAAGAUAUGCACAUGUUGCUGCAUGCUCUGCUGCAGUUAGAGAUGGAUAUUGUAAUGUGUUGUGGUCUUUCCUUACAGUAAUAUGCUCUCAAAUGCUCUCAAAACUGAACUAUAUUGCUGGCAGAAAAGCAAUUGAACAUCAAUUCAUGUGAACUGUAAAUUCACAGCAAACAGUAAGUAGGCAACAGAGGAAAAAGCUGAUCAAAUGCAAAAUGUAAGAUUUUUGUGUUGUGAGACAAUAUGAUCAUCUGAGUAAUUGUGUUGUCAGUCGUGCACUUUGUUUUUUACAUAUUCUCUGUAUAUGAAAGUACAACAUUAAAUGUUUUGUACCUACCCA